AUGGUAUCGGCAAAGGCGAAAACGGCGAAGGCAUCCGAGAGCGGAUGGUUCGUGAAAUGGGUUCUCCGGGGAGCAUGGCUGGCACUCUUCGCUGCAGUGUGUGGCUGGCUUGACACGAUCAAGGAUCGGUGGUACGUCUUCACGCCCGAGAGCCUGCACGAGCUCGCGCAGGCGGCCAUCGCGGCUGCGCCUGCACCCAACGACACGGCCUUCAUGGCCCAGUACAUCGUAGACAACCUCACCGCGACAUACCCGUCCGACGUGAUUGCACUCAACACGAACGCCUCCGAAUGGGUGCUCAGCAACGCGGGCGGCGCCAUGGGCGCGAUGUACGUCAUCCACGCGAGCGUCACCGAGUACCUGAUUGUGUUCGGCACGCCGCUGGGCACGGAGGGGCACACGGGGAUGCACACCGCAGACGACUACUUCAACAUCCUCGUCGGCGAGCAGUGGGCUUUCAACCCGCCGCAGCUCGAAAUGGAGGUGUACCGCCCCGGGAGCGUGCACCACCUCCCGCGUGGGAAGGUGAAGCAAUACAAGAUGCACGAGGGCUGCUUUGCGCUGGAGUAUGCGAGAGGCUGGAUCCCAUUGAUGAUGCCAUUCGGGCUCAUGGACGUGUUUUCUUCGACGCUUGAUUAUUGGUCGCUGUAUCACACAGUCAGGAUAUCGGCGCGCGAGAUGCUCAAGAACAUACUGAUAGGCAAGAUCUAG